AUGGCUACGAAUGUUGCGUUUUACGCUGAUCGCCUUGCUCAAAAAGAGCACGAGCUUAAUGAGCUCCAAGCUACGUUUAACAGAUAUAAGCUCAAAAAUAAAGUGAAAUUUGAUCAACUACGAAAAGAGGUCACAGCCUAUUGCAGUGACCACGGGUAUUCAAUUAACGAGAAAGAGAAUAACGCUCUACUAUUGAUCCGAUUGGCUGAAAAUGAGCUCGCAUUGGAUGCUGCAUACAGGGAGACUGAAAGUCUUCGUAAGGAGAUGUCAAAGAAACAAAUGCAACUCAACGAUCAGCUCAUUCUCAUUAAGAACAUGGAGGAGCAAUUACGUGCCUCUCAACCUCUGAGUUCCGUCGAAAUUCAGGAGAAGAAACGUGCUGCACAAAUGAUCGAUAUUGAUCGCAUACAACAACAAAUGCUAUUCAAGGACGAACGAAUCGUUGAGUUAAACAACGUGAUCUUGGACAAAGAACGGCAAAUUCUGGAUCUACAGGAAUUAUGCCGUGAACAAGGCGAAGUGGCCAGCGUGACAUCUCAAGCAGCACGUAUCGUCCAGAAGCAGUGGGAGGAACGAAACCGUGAACGUCGUGAAAUUGGCACGGAAACGGAUAGCUCACUAUGGAGUCCAGCACGACCAUCACAGAGGUACGCGGAACAUCGAAUCCGAGGUGAAUCUCCUGGACGUGCCGUCGCUAACAGAGGAACGGCGAACACUUCACCACCGCCACUUGAUCCAAGUGAAGUUCUCGAACGAUCUGGCAGACGAGAAGACGAUGAUGACCUACCAGGCACUUCGAACUCUUUCUUGGCUAGAAAUCCAGAUCUUGACUUGAGCUUCCGAAAGAAAAAUCGAAAGCGAGUGACAUUCGAUCUGCUAUCGACCGCUCAAGCACAACAAUCGCUAAGCAACCGCUCGGAAGAGCAGUUCACACAGAUGGUAUUGGAGUUAACGGGUGAAAAUGAGCGACUAAGAAGGGAAUUAUUGGAUACUUCAGCGAGUUUGGAUCGUCUCCAGAACAAAAUCGAUAAGGCUGACGAUGACAUGACAAAAGUCGUUCGUGAAGGCAAAACGCAGGCCUUGAAGGCACGAGCUGUAGCACAGGCGAGAAUCAAGGAGCUUGAAGAUCACAUGGCCGAGCUGGAUGCUCAACAUGCUGAGCAGGUGGAUCGCCUUCAAACUGAGAUCGAAAGUCUGCGAAGCACCCGAGAAUGGGAAGUGGAGCAAAACGCACAACUUCGGGAACAGUUAAACCAGGCGAAGACCAAAAACCACAAGUUGACAGAGGAGUUGGACGCGAGUGAAAAGACGAAUCGAGAUUGGGAGGUUAAGGUUGCACAAGGUGAAGAAUUCCUGGAUCAACUUAUCGAGGAUCUUGCUGAAGCCGAAGACAUUAUUAACUAUAUGGAACGGCAGAAACAUAGCAUUCUUGACGACGUGGACAAACUUAAAGAUGCGAUCAUCGCUCAAGAUCAACUGAUCGAAAUUCUCGAAGCAGACGUCGUCAUCUACGAGGAACAUAUAGGAAUUCUUCGCGAAUCAUUGGGAGCUUCUAAGGUCGAUCAUCGAGCUCUCCUACGAUCGAAAGCCUUCGAAACGAAAUUGAAAGCGCUUGAGAAGGAAAAAGAGCAGAUCAACAGAAAAUCUAAUGAAGAUCGACUGCGCACGAAGGCUCUCGAUCAAAAAUGCAGAGUACUGGAAGAGGAGAACGAGAAAUUGAUGGAAAAAGUUUGUGAAUUCGAGAUGCGUGAGCGAGACGAGGCUGACAUGACGGAGACGUGCAAGCAGCUGGAAAAAAGGAUCCGCGAGGCUGAGGAGCGCGAGUCAGUCUACAGAGCCGAUUGUGAACUGCGAAUUGAAACAGCACGACUCGAGGCCGAAAGAAAGAGCAACGAAGCCGCUCGGCUACUAGAAGAACUGCACGACGCUCAAUUAAAGCUGUCCAGAAGAAGCUUAUCAACCGAACGCAGAAGAGAAGAAUGGCGAGAGAGCAGUGCUCAACCGGGACAGACCGGACUAGAGAUGGAAGUAGAACAGCUGAGAACUAGAGCGGCUGAACAAGAGUCGGAAUUAACUCGUCUUCGGGAGGAGCUGGAAGAAAUGAGCGUCGUCGGCCGAGAACUAGAACAAUUGAAGGCGAAAUGUGCGGAAACUGCUGAGGAACUUGACACGAUGCGAUGCACGAACUUUGAGCUGAUGACCAAGGUUGAAACUCUGGUACUUGAUUUGAACGCUAAAGACGAAGAGAAUCAGAGUUUGAGAAUGAUGUACGAAAAGGCAUCAGAAGAGUUGUCAACACAACAGGAUCGGAAGUCUUCAGAAAACGAGGAGGAUCAGAAGCUUCAUAAUGAGCUUGAAUCGGCAAGGAAAGAGCUUGACGAUGUUCGAGAACAGAAGCAAACCGUAGCACAAGAACUGAACACACUGAAAUCUACCCUAGCAGCUGCAGAGGCAUCUCUAGCCAGUCAACGCGUGGACCUAGGAGAAUCCUCCGAGAAGAUCGAAAGGCUCGAAAGCGAAUUGUUCGCUGCACGUUCCGAAUUGGACAAUGCACGUUUGGGUCUAAAGGAAACAAAUGCUGUCAAGAAGGAGCUGGAACAACUCCGAGAAGAGCUCGAGCAAGAAAGAUCAUCUGGAAGAGCGAAAUGGGAAGAGGUGUGUAAGAAAGUUCUCGAAGGUGAAUCGAGCUCACCUCAGAGUAGGAAGAACUCACUUGAGGUUAUCAAUAAGGUGCAACACGUCGAGUAUAUGACAGCAUUUGAGGAGAAGAUUACAUGCCUCGAAAAAGAGUUGCAAGAAGCGAGGACGAAGAUUGAGCAGGACAAAGCGGAGAAGAGGAAACUAAAGAUAGCGUUAAAACAGCUGCGGGAUAAAGAAAAGAGUGAAUCGACCAAGGUUUUACCUACGGUUGAGGAGGUGCAGGAAAGAGUUGUCGUCCAAGAGUUCGUGCAGACAACAGCUGCCGAAGCCCAGCAAACAGAUGAAGGCCUAGAAAAGCUUCGAAACACCAUCAAGGAGCUUGAACUUGAAAAUCGUUUGUCUCGCGAACUUAACACCGAAUACAACCAUACCAUGUUAGAAAUGGAGAAAGAAGUUAUUGCCUUGAAAGCUCAAAUCACAACUCUUCAUGGAGAAUCGGAACAUUUCGAGAUGGAACUGAAAUUGCAUGAAAUGCUCGAAGAAGAACUAGAGAAGGAGCUGUCUGAAGCUCGAUUGAAAAAUCAAGAGCUUAGUGAAACUAUGCAAGUUCAUGAAGAGACAUUGGAACAUCUGAACGAGCAGGUCGUCGGAGAUACGGUGAAAGAUGAAGAAUCUCUGAGAGAGCUCAUGGCAAAGGUUAGCGAACUUCACGAGAAAAACAAAUUACUAGAAGAAAAGCUCGCAUCCACUUUCCAAGAAAUGACCGCAAAUGAGACAGCUUUACAUCAGGAGCAAGAAAAAUCAUCAGAGUUGUAUAGAGCCCAUUCUGAAGAAGUAAGGACACUCUCAAUUUCCCUGGAAGACGCCCGACGUACCAUUUCCGAUGUGGAGGAGCGAUUAUCGGAGACGGAAAGUGAUCUCGCUCAUAGCAAGACCGUUGUCGAUGAUUUGAGGAAAACAACAGAGGAGAAGUCUGCGGAAGUUGAAAGACUUCGGAGAGAAUUACUGAAGUAUAAAGGAGCAGAAAAUGUCCAGCAAACCGCUCUGCUUCGGGCUGCCAACACAACCUCAGAAGUUGUGGCUAGUGUCCUGAUUGGAGAAACCGAGUCCGUAACAUUUGAUGCGAAUCAAGCUGAGGUAACCGCAACGGUGAAUGUAAGGGAACCUAUGGAGAUGCCUACAGCAACCGUUGAAGUGACGGUUCCUGAAGCAAAUCCCCGAGUUGAAGAAGAAACACCAACGUCUACAACAGCUGCCCCUAUCUCGACGAACACCGAUCUUUUCGCGGAAAAUUUGAUCCUGCGACAAUGCGUGAACGAGUCUAAUCAGAUGCAGAAGGACCUCACUGAGGACGUGGAGAAAAUGUGGCAACUAAAGACCGAACUUGAAAACGCCGUGGAAGCGCUUAAGGGAGAAAUCUGGUCACUUAACGGCCAGUUAAAGGCGUCAAUUUUGGAUCGCGAACAACUACAGGACCGUGUGGUACAGCUGGAUUCCUCGUUAACUGCUGAAAAGAAGCGAGCCGAUGCGUUAGAUUGCGAAUUAUCCGAACAGACUGAACUUACCGAGAAAGCUUCUCGUCAAGCUGCUGAAGCGGAAAAUGAGAGUAAUCGCAGACUAGCCGAAUGCUUAGAGAUGGAGACAAGACGGGAACAAGUAGAGAAAGCAUACGCUCAGCUCAGCGAGUACUAUGGCCAACUACAAGCCGCCUAUAAUGUAAUCUAUGCUAAGAUGACAGAGUUAGAAAGAGAAAGAACUCUUGCGCAGGAUAACCAGGAACAGACAUCCCUACCAUCGGCUGAUAACACCCACCACAAUAUUCAAGUCAUCAUCGAAACUAUGAUUUCUGAACUUCACUUGGAAUCCUCAGAGAACUUGGAUCUUCAUGGAAAAGUUUUGAUGAUCCAGAAAAUGUUGCGAGAAAAACUAGCUGAGCUCGAGGAACAUCGUGAAGCUAUUGCGGAACAUCGUCGUGCAAAUGAAGAACUUCAUGAGCAACUACAGUGUCUUGAGGAGGAAACUCACAAAGCAGGAGGUGAAACUCGAGAUGUAAAAGCUCGUCUACAACAACUCGAAGGAGAUCUGGAAUGGAAACAAGACGAAUGCGAUAGUUUGCGUCGACGAGUCGAUGAGCUACAAGCAACAAUUGACCAAUUAGUGGAAAGAAACCGCGAGAGCGACACUCUGGCGGCAUCGCGUCUACGCAUUGAGCUGGCCAUUUUAGCUGCGAAACUGGCGACUCGCCAAGCGGACGUUGACUCGUUGUUCCGUGCUAACGCCGAACUGGCACACACGAAUGUGCGUCUACAGAAUGAGAUUGAUGAAUACGAAGAAAAGGUGGAAUCUCGCGACGAAGAGCAACCUACACCUCAAGUGGAAGAGCUGCAGGCGGAGUUAUUGCGAUCGCAAGCGGCGGAAGCUUCACUUCGGCAGCAAUUGGAGGAGCUUAGGUCUCGUCUGAGUGAGGCAGAAGGAAAAUUAGAAGAAUAUGCAACUCGUUUUGAACGGCAGGAGCAGCAAUCUUCUGCACAUCAAGCGAACGAAGAAGCAACUAAAAAGGAAGGAACAACGAUGGAAGCGCAGCCAUCUAAGGUGAUACCAUCUUCAAGUUUAGAAGAGAGUAUAAAAGAAUCUGUGGAAUUACGCGAUGAGGUCACAAGACUGGAAGCUGUGGAGAAACUGCUUAACGAGCGAAUAAUGUGCCUUGAAGAUCAGCUUCUCGAAGGAGAGGAAAGAUUACAAGAAAUAGAAGAAGAGCUGAUGGAUGAGAAGAAGAAGGUUCAAUCUCUGGAGACGGACAAAAACGCGCUCACGAAAGAGCUGGAACAGAUUGGAAAUGCUAAUCAGAGUGGAAGUAGUGAAGGACAAUGGGGAUGGGAAGAUCAGACACCAUCCGCGAAUGUCGGCGAACUACUGAAACAACUGGACGAUGCGAAAGCAGAACUUGCUAGCUGCCGUAAAGAAUUGGAAGAACUACAGAAUCAGAAGGGGGAAGCUCCCAGCUAUGAGUUGGUAGGAAUUGAAUUGACACAUGUCAGGAGUGAACUAGAACAAACUAGAAAAGAACUACACCAACAAAAGAAACUAACUGAACUACUGGAAUCCGCAUCGAAUGAACGUGUUGCUGCAACUGAACUAGAAAAGACAACCCAUAUGCACGAAAUGGAAAAGAUCAUGAAUGAGCUCGCCAGCGUUCGUGCAGAGCUACAAAGUGCACAACAUCUUUUGAGAGAGAAGGAAGAAACAAGGAAACAACAAAAAGAGCAAGGGUGGGGUUGGGAAGAUUCGCCACCAACCCAGUAUGGAGCAGCAGAAGUUGAGAUUUUGAAAACAAAAAUUGCGGAAUUAGAAGAAAGUGAGCGUCAGUGCAAGAAGACAUUGAUAGAGCAACAAUCGAAAAUCGAAGCCUUGAAAGACGAUCUAAUCACUGCCGAGAAUUGUCGAGAAGAACUAGAAGAUGCUAGUCAGCAGGUUAACGAACUCCAAAGACAGUUACGAGAGAUGAAGAAGCAAGUACAAGCAUAUAGUGACGAAGAAGAACGACUAAAAAAUAGAAUAUCUGAACUAGAAAAGAAUACAGAAAGCUCCUGGGGUGAUGACUGGAACGAAACAACCACUUCUACCUCGCAAACGGAUGAUGAGAAAAGAGAAUUGGAACGAAGCAGGGAUGAGGCCCAUCAGAAAGUCACAGAGUUACAGUCACUGGUAGAUCAAAAAUCGAGCGCCCUUGCAGAAGCAGAGAAAGAACUCGCCGAGUUGAGAGAAAAGAAUAGUAAACUUGAAAAUGAAAGACUUCAAAGUGACCUGCAGAUGACCGCAGCUGAAGAUGGAUGGGGAAAGGAUUGGCAAGGUGGAGAACAGAAGGACCGCAACUUGGUGACAGAGAUCCAACGUCGAGAAGAAGCUGAAGCUUUGGCGGAAAAUCUACGUGACGUUGCCGGCACAUUACGCGAACAAGUUGAUGAGCUGCAGGAGAAACUUUUGACCGAGGCUGAAAAGUUGGAGGCGAAACAAACUGAAAUUCAUCGCCUUGAAACUCAAGUCGAACAACUUCAGUCAGUAAUAGCGUCACGAACAGAACUCCAAGAAGCAGAACACCACAGAAGCGAAUGUGAGAUGGAAACACUCUGUGAGGAAAAAUGUCGUGUAGAGGAUGAACUUGCUAGUGCGGAGACCGAAAAAAUCAGACUUGAAGAACAACUGAUGGCUAGUAAAAUGAUGUGCGAUGACCUGAAGACUGAACUACAGCUUCAAAAAGCGAACAGUUCUGAACUUACUGAGAAAUACAACGAUGCUAAAAGACGUUAUGAAGAUGCAGAAGCAACGCUACUGACUGUUGAAGCGGAAAGGGAUUCGUUGUUGGAACGUCUCGGUAUGGUCAAGUCCGAAUUGGAGAUGGUCAUGAAGCAGAUUGAACGUAGAGAGGAACAGGCCGAGCGGUCAGAUCAACAGUCUCUGGAUGAAAUACGGGAACUACAGACUCAGAAAGAACAUCUCGAGGUAGAGCUAAACGAAACGCGACGGGUGCUUGAAGAAAAAGAGGUGCAGAACAAUCUCCUUAAAGACAGUGAAGCUCGACUGCUAGACUCAGUAGAUGAAUUUGGUGCACAGGCUGAAAGAUAUCAACAAGAGUCUGAAAGGCUACAGCAAGUUAUUAACACCUUAGAAAAAGAGAGACUAGCUCUUGAAGAAGAAAUCGCGCAGCUACGAAAGAAUGAGAAAGUACGAGAACAGCAGUGGCACGAAGCUGAGGAAAAAGUACGAAUCAUUGAAAGGGAGUGUGAAACGCUCGAAUCAAGAAUUUGUGAACAAAGCUCCUCAGCACCUUUACCAAUUGACACGAAAGAAUUCGCCCUUCUCAGUAGCCAACUGGAAACAGUCACUACCGAACGAAAUGAAUUGCGAUGUCGAUUGGAGAAAACUGAGAAACGGUUAGAUGUAACAAUUCAGGAAAAGAUGUCCAUUUCACGAUCGUACGAACAACUCCGCUCUCGACUGGCAGCUCGACGCCAAGCGGCGGCCAACUCUGCCGAAACGUCGCGGCGUUCUUCUGCAGUCACUCCGGAAGUUGACAUACCAGAAGAGCCACGACGAAGUCACGAACCUGUUUCUUCGAGCCACGCGUAUUAUUCUCAUCAGGCAGCAGAAAAAGACAUGAUACGGCGACGUCCCGGCCAUCAUUAG